UUUAUGAUCUGGUAACACUUUCCGUCGCUGCGUUUUAUGCUAAAAGUAAACACAUUAACUUGAUAAACAAUGAACCUCGCCGACGUUUGCCGUAUUUGCGCCAACAAAAUUAUGGGCCACCAGCGAGAUCGCAACAUAUUCAUUCACAUGCGGGGAAAAUAUUUGGGUCAACUGAAGCUAAUCACGGGAGUGGAGCUGACAAGAAACCAGGGGCUGCCGGAGAUUGUUUGCGAGCGCUGCUUCUCCGAGCUGGACCUGGCCACCAAGUUCCGCGAGCGGUGCAUCUUCUCGCAAAAGUACCUGCUGGAUAUCAUAAAGAAGACCAGUGAUCAAAGCACUGUUCACGUUGAGCUUAGUUCCGAGCCGCUGGACGAGCAACUGAUCGAUGCGGAUCAAUUGGAGACGCACUACGAUGACGACCAGUACGUUUGUUAUCAAGGCACGAAAGAGGAACACCAAGACCUAGAGGAAAUCGAGCUGGAUGACGACCCCUCUGCCGCUGUGAUAGCGGCAGCAGAGGCGGCAGCAGAAGCGGCGCAGCAGGAGGAUCUACAGGAGCAGGAAAUGGAGCGGGCCGCCAAGAGGCGCAGUAACUUCUUUAUCUGCGACGAGUGUGGAACCCUGUUCCACGAUGCGUUCCUGUACACCGAGCAUUUAAAUGGGCACCAGAACCGGCGGGAUAUGAACCAGUUCUUCCCCUGCCCUGAGUGCCCACAGACUUUUAACAAGAAGGCGCUUCUCAAGCAGCAUCGCACCCAGGUUCAUUUAAUUAACCGCAGGUUCCAGUGCACCAUCUGCCACGAGGCUUUCGCGUCUCUGGGCGCUAAGUUGCGGCACGACAAAGCCCAUAAGAACGAACGACCUUAUCCAUGCCUAGAAUGCGGAAUGAUCUUCAGCAGCGUUUCCGAAUUGCAGAACCACUUUUCGACACACUCAAAGCAAAUCCGAAAGUUCAGGUGUGAGCCUUGCAACAUGGAUUUUAUAACUCGCCGAGGCUUGGUGGCCCAUACAAAAACAGCACCGCAUAAGCGCCUUGCCAAAUAUAUGCAGGAUGAAUUCGAUUUCAUCGAAUUGGCAACCUAACCCUCAAUUAUUACCACCUUCUUUCUAAGUAAAUGCUAAGGUCAAAAAAAUAAAUCAUAAUUGAGUAGUUCAGUUUACUACUUCGCUACCAUAAUAUUCGACAAUGGAGUAUCGGUUCAAUGUUAUUUUUUUAUAAGUGUAUUUUUAAUUUAUUGAAAAUAAAAUUCCUUCAGUUUU